AUGCCGUCUGGAUCUUUGCGAUUUGCCGGCGACGAACAGUCAAAUGGGACAAAAGUUCCCAAAGACAGACUCAUGAUGCUUCAGUUCACAAACAUGGACGGCAGUGAAAAGCAAGCUGUAGUUGUUGGUAAGUCGGCAAAACCACGCUGCUUUAAAAAUGUCAAAACUCUGCCGUUUUCUUACUUCGCUAAUCGUAGAGCCUGGAUGACUAGUCAGCUGUUUACUGACGUUAUGAAAACGCUUGAUCGAAAAAUGAUUGCUCAAAAUCGAAAGAUUAUUCUGUUUUUGGACAAUGCAACUUGUCAUAACUUACUGCCGGGUACAAAUCUAUCAAACAUCAAAUUGUCGUUCAUGCCACCAAACACCACCAGUCUCAUUCAACCUUUGGAUCAAGGCAUCAUUCGUUCAUUCAAAGCGUAUUAUAGUCGGGAACUUGUUCGAAUGCAAAUCGCAGCGAUCGAUGCUACACCGCCAGUGCCGCUGUCCGAGGUGGCCAAGCAGAUAACUGUUUUGAAGGCCAUGCACAUGAUGAAGCGAGCACUUUUCAUGAUCAAACCGUCAACAAUUCAAAAUUGUUUUAAAAGGGCCGGCUUUGUCAUUGAAUCACAGGCUGAAGUGGAAGAAAUACUCGACGAAAAUGAUCAAGUUUCUCCACCAUCGGGCAUGGAGCAAACAGAUUUUGACGAAUUUAUCAGCUUCUAG